AUGCAAGAUGUGAUAGAAUCUCAAUCGGUGGCUAAUCAAACACAUUGGUUAGAAAACACAGCUGACGUUUCUUUCAUAUUUUCCGCCGGGGCAGUUGGUGCCAUAAUCGGCCUAGGCCCAUCUGUCCCGCUUACUACAAAAUAUGGUGUUAGAAAUAUUCUAUCAUUUUAUGGACUGCUAACCGCUUUCGCCACUUUGGCAUUUCCUCUCGCCGUCUCCAUCGGGUAUUAUCCAGUUAUUUUUGUUCGUAUGGUCCAGGGUUUCGGUGCAUCUAUCCUAUUCUCCGCUAUUGGCAGCAUUUCCGAGGGAUGGUCUCCGAUUUCUGAAAUCAGUACUUAUGUUGCAUUCUUAUCAGCUGGAUUUCAAAUCAGUAACAUCGUGUUGAUGCCGGUGUCUGGAGUUCUUUGUGAAUCUCAGUUUGGUUGGAGAUCUAUUUUCUACUUGUUCGGGGGUAUUUCGGUGGUCUCUCAUCUCAUUUUCUUCACAUUCUUCCGAGAUUCAGCAAAGGUUCACAGAAAUGUGAGUCAUAAAGAGCUUCGGAAGAUUUCAACGGGACGAAUGGAAACAACCGGAAGACAGCCUGUCCCAUAUCUUGCUGUAUGCAAGGAUAAAGUGGUUUUGUCUAUCUGGGCAGCUGCAAUCGGAGGAAACAUGUCUCUUAUGGCUUUAAUGACCUAUGGGCCGACUUACCUGAAUAAAGUUCUAGGACUAGACGUCCGUGAGACUGGAUUUUUGAAUGCCAUACCAUAUAUUUUGGCAACGGCAGUCAAAUUUGUGGCAGGACCUCUCUCCGACAAUCUGACAUUUAUUCCCGAAACAUGGCGAAUGAUUUUCUUCGCAGCAAUUUCUCAAUUGGGAUUGGCUAUUGGAUUCUUCGUAAUGGCGUUGACAAGUUCAAGAAUUAUUGCACAAAUCGCCUACACAACCGCAAUUGUCCUCGCAGGGAUCAAUAUAGUCGGAGUCGUCAAAUGCGCUCAAAUGAAAACAAACCAGGUGAAUAUCAAGACAUUACUAGGCCGUUUAACAAGAUGGCCUAGAAAUACAACUCGAAAAAUCGUUCGAAAAAGUUUUCGAAAACUUUUUCGGAAUAUUGUUCGGAAAUUUUCGAAAAUUCCCGUUUUCGAAAAACACAUACUAGUGGCCCGUCAACAUGUUCAUUUCGUAAUGGCUGUAAUUUCCUUGAGCGCAUGGGGAGCUAUUUUCGUCCUACCCAUCAUUAUCGGAUUCGUUUGUCCUAACCACACGGCUUCUGAAUGGGCAGUUUUUUACAUUGCUGUCGGUAUAUGGGUCAUCGCAAUGAACAUCCCAUUCCCGUUUUUCGCCACUAUGGAAGCAGCAGAAUAUACGAAACCAGAAUGGGAACAAAAGAAGAAGAAUACAGUGGCUCCUGAAGAGAAAUGUUAA